GGAAGACAUGUGUAAGAACCGUCUACAACCCAAGCAAAUUCCCGGUGGAUUAACGAUGAGAUCUGACACUCUGACAGCUCCAAAACUGAUCUGAUCACCGUUUGAGGCAUACUUCAUAGCUGCUUCUGCAGCUUCCCCCUUGUCGCCUCCGUUCUGCAGAAAAAACCCUCCAAAGUUUUAACAACGGAUUCAUAUGUGCGGACAUCUCCCAGACCACAACCCCUGCUGUGCAUCUGACCCAGCUAACCUGGAGCCAAACAUCUCUCCACCACCGGAAAAGAAGAAACGAAAUUUCACUUCAGACCAAGCUUGUUGACACCACGGCCGAGGCCGGUCGAGGCACCCGAUUUCUCCCCAGGUUAGGAGCUUCAUAGAGUUCACACUAGAAUUUAGAGAAAAAAUAAAUAAGCGUAUGCCUUUACCAAUCUGUUCUUGACUAAUUUUGGCAUCUAUAGAGCAUUCCUUAAAUAAAUAAGUUUCCAUGGCAGGCAAUGACCUGCCAACUCUGGGCCGUGUCACGCUUGUUGACCUAAUUCCAUCAGAAGGCCUUCCUUCCGAUUCCUACAAAUUAUCAGCCUCUACCCUGUCCCAAUCACUAGCUCAUUAUUCAGCAGCCAUUAUCAAGCUACCAGCCAGCGAUGGUGCUCUCUUAAGGUCUUGUCUUGAGUCUGUCCGACUCUACUUUCACCAAAAGCCUUCAUACCCUUCCACCGAUGAUGUGAUUCAUCCUGAUGAUUCUCGGGAGUGGUGCAAGACGUCUGGCUACCAUUCAGAUCCUCAACUAUGGCAAGAAACAUUUGACUUUCGACCAGGAUUAACUCCUACUGACCCCAAUGAUGGAGUUGAAUUUCCACCAGCCGGUUUAGCAGACGUGUUUGCAUUACUUGGCAAAACUGCUAGAUGCGUACUGGAUGCCAUUAGUUUCUACUUAAACCUCCGCAGCUCACCCUUCACUGAAAUUCUUGACAAUGUACCUUUGAGGAAUCGUGAGAUAUCAUCUUCGGUUUUAUCUGUUUCGUGUCAUGGAAGGCCAUCUUUUCAACACCAUAAUCUAACGGGUCAAGAUGGUGGGGAUCAGUUGGUUAUGCUAUCAGAUCACGAGCAUCAGGUUGAUAGAAGCCUUUUAACUAUUCUCAAGACAGAUAGGCCGGGAUUACAUGUCCGAGAUUUUCAUGGUCGUUGGGUUCUUGUAGAUGGUGACCUUGGACCACAAGAAGCAAUCAUUUAUACAGGACUUGCUUUGUACCAGGCAACUGCGGGAAAUAUCAGCACUGCCGUUCAUAGGAUGGAUAUUGGCAAUCUGCAGGGGCAUCAUCUGCUUGGAGGAAUAUGUUCACUGGCUUUUAAACUCAUGCCUAAAUCCGUAGCUAGUCUGAACUGUUCUGAGAUGAGAGCUGCUGGCUACGGCGUUGAAGCUCAUUUUCAACUACCCCUACCUGUAGACGACUUCAUGCAGCGAUCAACUGAUCAACUACUCAAUAGGAACAAUUUUCCCACUUUCAGUUUCGCCACUACCCAAGACGGUAGGCACUGCAACUUCAUUUUUGCUAAGUAGUACUAAAAAUUACUCCGUAACUUAUAAUAUUACCUGGCUAGAUUCCCUCUCCUUAUUUGUAUUCCUAAAAUGGCUUAUAUUUUUGUUAGGUCGACAUUAUAUCAUUAAUAUCCCAAUUGAAAGAGGUCCACUUUAAACAAUGUGCUACUGCUUGAAGCAUUUUACCUGAUUUCAUGUGUUGUUUUGUAAAAUGAGUCCAUGUUCAAAAGAGAAGAUGCUAAUUUGAAGGACCUUGGCCUGGAUGCUCCACAUGUAAUGCCUUUAGUUGAAACAGAAGUGUGUCUAAAUUGCUGGAAAUUUGUAGCUUUGGUUGUAGACUUAUAGUUGUGAACUUCAUUGUUGUAUUGGAGAUUAAUGCAAAUUUGAAUAAUUUAGUUUUCAUCUCAUUUCUGGAAAAGAAAUGGGAAAAUUAACGUUCUUUGGAAUUUUUUUCUGAAAUUUGAAGAAUAGGCCCCGGUUUGGUAAGGUUCAUUUGGAUGAAAUGGAUAAUCUGAAUCUGCUUAUUUUUCUGAAACAAAAAGCUAUUGAUAAAAAUUUCCAUCAUUUUCAAUGGAGCCAAAGACUCACUAUUUUUUGGCUUGGGAAUAUGAUGGAAUAAAUCAAAAUGGAAUAAAUCAAAAUGGCUCACUAAAUUGUCUGCGCUUCUUUGUUAUGAAGUCAAUUUUCGACGCGAUUUUCACUAUGGGUCAUUCAGAAACAGUCUCUCUUGGUGCUUUAGUACAGGGGUAAGAUUGCGCACAUCCAACCCCCUUACGGCCUUACCCCACCGUAGGUGGGAGCCUUUGUGGCACUGGGGUAAUGAUAAUGAUGAUGGUGGUGAUGAUGAUGAUGAAAAAGCGAUCGAUAAAACAUAAUUUAGCCAAAUAAGUGAAUGCUACUUAUUCUCAUUAAUCUGUUGGCAAGCAAAACUAUCUGAAUAAUGCUACUAAACAGGGGCUUAGUAGUUUUUUGAAUUUAAAAAUAUCACAUUUUCAAAUCGAUUCUUUACCACUCCUUUCUUUAGUGAGAAUCUUUUAACGAUAGGAACCUGGCGGAUCAAUGAAAUGCUGGUUACAGGAUCUGUGAGGACAUCCGAGACAAUGAAAAGGAAGAACAAAUCAAGAUCUAAAGCUCUUCCUCCUUCAAAGAGGUUACGGCUGGAGGCACAGAGAGUUCUCAAGGAGAGGGUUCAGGACAUUGCCGAUAAGAAGGGCAUAAAGAUGAAGUUCUGCAACCUAAAGGAUUGUGAGACCCAUAUUCAAUCCACUGACAGUCCAUGUGCUUCCAUUAGGAUGGAGAUAGGGUGGCCACAAGGAGUCCCGUUUGCUCAUCCACAUGAUCUUCCAAACAAGGCAAAGCUUGGAUUUCUUGAGGCCUACGAACCUGGUUGGUCUGCCACACAUGAUAUGGAGAAUCCAUCUCUGGAGUUUCCAGAAUGAAUUUACAGGUUUUUCAUUUUUUGGUAGUCCGUGGUUGGGUGGGUGGGCAACAUGCUUUUGCCUUGUUCUGCAUUGCUAGUAUGUAUGUAAUAGGUAGUGCUUUGUUUCACUUAAGUUAUCUUUGUUAUGCUGUAUUUUUAAUGGGCAUUUUUUUGGGGGCGGGGGAAUAUGCAAAAUUCCUGAAUAAAUGUUACAGGUUGGGACUUCAACGGUUCAACCAUAGCUUUAUGUAGAUACGAUCAUAAAAUAUAUAGAGAUGAGAAAUGUAUAUCAGUAUAUGGGGUGGAAUAUGUCUCCUUUUUCAAGUCUGUAAC